AUGAAGGAGCACGAGACGCUCUGGCUGUACGACGGGAACGUUGUCUUAUGUGCGAAGAACUUGAAUGGGGAGCACGUCGGAUUCCGCGUGCACAUGUCUGUGCUCAGCAAGGCAUCUCCUAUCUUUGCGGAUAUGUUUGCCCUGCCAGCCUCAAACGCGAACGAGCUUUGGGGAGGACAGCCGUUUAUCCGGAUGCCAGAUAGCGCUGAGGACUUGGAGGAGGUCCUGAAAAUAUUGUACCACGAGACGUGCAUCCUCUUUGCCUUAGGUCUAAGUUUGAACUCUGUCACUCGAACGCCUCGGUCGAAAUACACCGUUGAUCGCGGAACCAAUACUGUCGCUCGAGCGCUCGCUACCAACCACGAGAUAACGAGCCUCAGGUAUCCGAUAGUCAAGCGACCGACCGAAGAUUGGCCCACGUCCAUUGAAACUUGGGUGGAAGGCGAGAUUGUAGCCAAGAAGUACGGGGUGCCCACUAUUCUCCACGCUGCUUUCUACCAUCUCUCCCGGUUAUCUCUGGAAUUCAGAGAUAAUGAGUCCAAGCCCACCAAGGAGCGACGGCAUCCGCUGAUGUUCUUCGGAACGCGAACUGCGCGAUGGAAGACCUUGGCGGGGGAUGACUACUACAGGCUUUUCAUCGGGCGUACCAAAUUGAAGAAGGAUGCGUUAGACGGACUCUGUUAUUGGGCGUCCAUGGCUCACCCGGACUCGGACUCGGACUCGGACGAAGACGAGUUGCGUCCAGAUGAGCCUGGCCCACGCUGCCGCCUAGCGAGAGGGAAAGCCAUCACGGAGCUGCACGAGUGUAUACGCCGGAGCGAAGAUGUGCUACAUCUUCUGCAUGACUAUACCGGCGACAUCCAUUCCACUUGGAUGAAAGAUUUGUGCUGGACAUGCAGACUCGCAGUCCGGAGACAGGCAAAGGAGCUGCGAGGCGGCCUUUGGAACCAUCUCCCGGAGUUCUUUGAUCUUACGGCUCUGUGGACGACAUGGCUACGGUGA